GUUUCGAGCAACUCUUCGGUUCCGACAUCAACGAGACUCCACGCCGUUUCAUGCUGAAGAACUGUAAGAGGCAAAAGCAUCUUUUUGAAGAUGUCAAGCACGUCAUGGAGGGUCAAGGCUCCUGUGCCCGUCACGGCGGCCGCUGCCGUGUCCCAGAGGACGAGGUGGACAUCUUCAUCGGCGGGUUUCCAUGCACUCCGUAUUCCUUUUGCAACCCGAAGAGGUUCAAGCGGAACUGCUUCACGGAGCCGGCAGCCGCCCCGUUCUUCGAGAUGCGGAAGUUCAUCGCUGCGAGGCGACCGCGCAUGGUGAUCCUGGAGAACGUUCGGGGCCUCCUGGCGCCGAAUCCCGAGACUAAAGACACUCCCAUGGACUUCAUCCUCCGUGGCAAGAAUCCGGAAGACCCGGAGCACUGCUACCAGGGCAGCGAGCCCUCUGCAGAGUGGGGUCUCGGUCUCAUCGAGGGCUACGGGCUCCACUGGGACCUCCUUUACUCCUGUGACUGGGGCCUGCCACAGAGGCGUCCGCGAGUCUACAUCGUGAUGGUAAGGGAGGAUGCCGGAGGGCAGGAAGCUGCAGACCGCAUCUUCAACGUGCUCCAUGCAUGCGCAGGUCAUCUGCCUUGUGGCUCCUGCAACGACUUCUUGUAUCCCGAGGACCACCCACGGCUCAACAAAGCUUUGCAGCUGGUGCAAGGAGCCAGCAGCAGCGAGCGAAAGGCUUGCACGCCCUUCACAGAGGCCUUGUUCAAGGCCACGCGCCAGGAGCAUGGUCUUGAUGCUUCGGAGCGUCCCUACACGAAGAAGCGGCCCAAAGGCUGGUAUCCCGAGGCAACAGAGAAGAUGGUCCAGCAGCUUGACAUCAUCCACGCCCUUGCGGAAAAGAGGGCCCUGGACUUCAAGUUCCUCUUGGCGGAUCUUAGCCAGCAGGUUUCGCGGGGCUGUUGGAGGGAUGAUGGGUACGUCCCAACACUGACGACGGCCGGUUCUCUCUACAGCUUCCAUCACCACCGCCCCAUUGUGGGCGAGGAGUGCUUGAAACUGAACGGCUUCCCGGUGGAGGAGCUGGAUCUCGAAGGGUUUACGGACAACGAGCUCAAGUUCUUGGCGGGCAACGCCAUGUCGGUGUCCGUGGUGGGUGAGACGGAGCUCGAUGCCUCGGAGAGCAACAUUUCUGCGAGGGCAGCGAUGCUCUUCCUCAUGGCCAAGGAGGUGCAAGCGGCGAAGAGCGAGAGGGGCGGUUCUUCGGGCACGAAGCGCAAGCGCUCGACGGUGCAGGAGGAGGACGAGGAUCCGCAAAGUUGGGAGGGGCGCCACAAGGCGUUGAGGAAGAAGACGAAGGCCGACAGCCAGGUUUGCUCCUGGGUGCUGGAGGCGGCAAAGCUCUUGGUCAACAUGAGCGUCGAGGAGCAGAAAGCCUCAAGUCAAAACCUGCAGGUCUUUGUCACUCAGUGUUUGCAUCUCCUCCAGAGGGCAUCGCAGCAGGACUUGCUGCUGUUUGACCAGAGCCAACAGGCGCUCACUCAAGCGACGGAGUUGCUAAUCGAGCGGUUGCGCUUUGCUGAGGCGAAGCCUGUUUGGGGUAGCUUGUGGGCUGGAAAGCUUCGUUUAGCCAUCUCUCAGAAGGACUUCGACGACAGGCAGUGUAUCCUUGAGUCGUGGCUGCCAGCAGCGGCAAAGUUGCGCGGCAAAGAGCUUUCGGGACAGAGAUUCCAACUGUUGGAUGCCCUGCUUUCACGGAACCCGCCACUUUGUCACUUGGCCUUGUUGUUAGAAAGGCUCCUGGCACGGUGGUGCAAGGAGGAGAUGCUGGAGGACGAGCUCACGGCUAUCUUGGAUGCCUUCGAAGCAUUGAAGGAAUCUUGGGUCACACAGCUUCCCGAAAACUGGCAAGCCAUCUGCAAAGCAAGUGCAAGCUGUAGGCAGAUUGCCUCGACGUGCAAAGAUCAGCGAAAGCCGCAGACGGCAAAGGAGCUGCUUGCGUGCGGUCUGGAGAUGCAAACUCAGUGCUUCUCUGCCAAAGCUGCACAGGUCUUGCACUCUUCGACCAGCGCAGGUGACCGCCAAGCCCUCAUAGCUUGGUGCAAGGAGCUUGUCGAGCUGCGUUGGGACAAGGUCGCCUUCCCGGAGUUUUUCAAUGAAGCGGCAUGGAGGUUGUGGCAGCAGUUGCCGCAGCAUGAUACUGAAACGUUUCCUGUCCAAGUCCCAGAGUUGGGUGGCUUUGCGAAGGCAUUCAGUGACGUGCGGGCAUCUGCUCCGCCGCAGCUCGCCAUUCAGGCCGAUGCGUUCCUGCGUCGGUUUCAUCCUGGUCUGGCCACCCAUGUGCACCUGAUGGAGUGGCAGAUGUCUGGGACACCCGAUUCUGCCAAACGCUGUGUAGACUCUGAGAAGCUUUUCUUCGACCUCAUCAAGCGGAGCUUAACUCAGAUAUACGUGCUUCGGCCGACAGAGUGGGGGGCCUGGUACGGGCACUUCGACCGCAUCCUGCACUGUCUUCAGUGGGUUGCGGGGUACGUAAACACGGAUCGGGGGGCCUUUCUUCAGCAGGCCAUCGGCUGGCGGGCGCAGAUGCAGCCCGAAGAGCCUGUGAUGCCGGAGCCCGAGCCUCCCAUCGAGGUGGACGAAGACCAGAUGCCUGCGGCAGUGGAGGAGCUCGACCUCGCAGAGGAGCUCGAUGCCUCACCGGAGGAGUCUCAGCUCCAAGGCGAAGAGGAACAAGCUACACAAGGCUUUCAAGGACCCGAAGUUGAUGCUGGACAGGGCUCCCAGGAGGAGGAAUCCGAGCCGGAGCCGCCUCAGGAGCGAUGCCACUCACCGGCUACCAGGGAGGCCAUCGCCGAGUUCCUCACAGGCUUC